GCCGUGUUCCCCGGAGGUCAGCGAGUUCAGCCCCUUGUCUCUAGCCGCUCAUUCUAUCCCGACCCAGCUCAGCAUGUCGCUCCACUUCGGCUCCCAGGUCUUCAGCUCGCGCUCCGCCGCCUUCCCGGGCCGCGGCACCCAGGUGCGCCUGAGCUCGGUGCGCCCCGGCGGCUUCGGCAGCAGCAGCAGUCUCUAUGGCUUGGGCGCCUCUCGGCCUCGAGUGGCCGCGCGCUCAUCCUACGGGGCCCCAGUGGGCCCCGGCAUCCGCGCGGUCACCAUCAAUCAGAGCCUGCUGACCCCGCUGCAGGUGGACAUCGACCCCUCCAUCCAGCAGGUGCGCCAGGAGGAGCGCGAGCAGAUCAAGACCCUCAACAACAAGUUCGCCUCCUUCAUCGACAAGGUGCGGUUUCUGGAGCAGCAGAACAAGCUGCUGGAGACCAAGUGGGCGCUGCUGCAGGAGCAGAAGUCUGCCAAGAGCAACCGCCUCCCCGGCAUCUUUGAGGCCCAGAUUGCUGGCCUGCGGAAGCAACUAGAGGCCCUGCAGCUGGAUGGGGGUCGCCUGGAGGUGGAGCUUCGGAACAUGCAGGAUGUCGUGGAAGACUUCAAGAAUAAGUAUGAAGAUGAAAUUAACCGUCGCACAGCUGCUGAGAAUGAGUUUGUGGUGUUGAAGAAGGAUGUGGAUGUUGCCUACAUGAACAAGGUGGAGUUGCAGGACAAGGUGGAUACCCUGAAUGAUGAGAUCAACUUCCUCAGGACCCUCUAUGAGCAGGAGCUGAAAGAGCUGCAGUCUGAGGUCUCAGACACAUCCGUGGUCCUGUCCAUGGACAACAACCGCUCCCUGGACUUGGACAGCAUCAUUGCUGAAGUCAAGGCCCAGUAUGAGGAGAUCGCCAACCGCAGCCGGGCCGAGGCCGAGGCCUGUUACCAGACCAAGUUUGAGACCCUCCAGGCCCAGGCUGGGAAGCAUGGGGACGACAUCCGGAAUACCCGGAAUGAGAUUGCGGACAUGAACCGGGCUGUCCAGAGGCUGCAGGCCGAGAUCGACAGCAUCAAGAACCAGCGCGCCAAGUUGGAAGCCGCCAUUGCUGAUGCUGAACAGCGUGGGGAACUGGCUGUCAAGGAUGCACGGGCCAAGCAGGAGGAUCUGGAGGCCGCCCUGCAGAAGGCCAAGCAGGACAUGACCCGGCAGCUCCGGGAGUACCAGGAGCUCAUGAAUGUCAAGCUGGCCCUGGACAUCGAGAUCGCCACCUACCGCAAGCUGCUGGAGGGCGAGGAGAGCCGGUUGACCGGAGAUGGAGUGGGAGCCGUGAACAUCUCUGUGGUCAGUUCCGCGGGCGGCUCUGGUAGCCGGCUGACCUUUGGGGGGACCAUGGGCAACAACGCCCUGAGAUUCUCCAGCGCUGGAGGGCCUGGGACCCUCAAGGCCUACUCCAUGAGGACCACAUCCGCCACAAGCAGGAGCCCCCGCAAAUGAGCCCUGGGUGUGGGGAGAUACACACCCCCUCCUCCCAUAGUCACAAGGAGACCCCCAACCCUGGUCCCACCCUCAUCCCAAGAACUGCAAGGCAGUUUGAAAAAAGAUAUCAGAAUAGCUUCCAAUAAAGCAGCUGCUUUCUGAGGCCUGGAUGAGCCCCUGCCUGGCA